ACGGCUGCCCAUGCGACGAGAGAGAGAGAGAGAGAGAGAGAGAGAGAGAGAGAGAGAGAGAGAGAGAGAGAGAGAGAGAGAGAGAGAGAGAGAGAGAGAGAGAGCGAGAGAGAGAGAGAGAGAGAGAGAGAGAGCGAGAGAGAGUGAGAGAGAGAGAGAGAGAGAGAGAGAGAGAGAGAGAGAGAGAGAGAGAGAGGACUUGAGGGGGAAAGAGAGAGAACGAGAGGGGGACUGAGAGAGGACUUGAGGGGGAAAGA